CUAUGAGUUUUAAGUCUGUGGUGCAGAAGCUAACUGGUAAGUGUUCUUAUGAUGAACGUGGUUUUGAUGAAAGUACAGAAGCUCCAAAAGCUAAGAGGGAAAAGCAUAAUCUAUGGGAAAAUGGGAAUGGAAGAAGCUCUUUUUUAUAAGUGAUUCUUUGUUCAAUGAGUAUGAUAUGUUGCUUAGUGAGAAGAUGCUGCCAAAUGACCACUUUUUGUUUGAGUCACAAAUUUAACUAUGACUGUGUAUAUAUAAAAAAUAAUGACCACUUUAAGUUUGAUUUUCUGUGUUUCUGUUGUGUUUGGGAAUAUUUCGCUUCGGUAUCUUCCUGUUUCUUUCAAUCAAGCUAUCGGCGCUACUACGCCUUUUUUCACUGCCAUUUUUGCUUAUAUUAUGACUUUUAAGAGGGAGGCUUGGCUCACUUAUCUUACCCUUGUUCCUGUUGUUACUGGUGUUGUUAUUGCUAGUGGGGGUGAACCGAGUUUCCAUUUAUUUGGAUUCAUUGUAUGUAUUGCGGCUACAGCUGCAAGAGCCCUGAAAUCAGUGCUUCAAGGAAUUUUGCUAUCUUCUGAAGGAGAAAAGCUGAAUUCAAUGAACCUCCUUCUUUACAUGGCUCCAAUGGCUGUGGUUUUCCUUCUACCGGCUACACUUAUAAUGGAAGAAAACGUGGUUGGCAUCACCUUGGCUCUAGCCAGAGAUGAUGUUAAGAUCAUUUGGUAUCUGCUAUUCAACUCAGCUCUUGCUUAUUUUGUCAACCUGACCAAUUUUUUGGUCACGAAACAUUGCAUCGGUGUUAAAACAUUGCUUAUUUUGUCAAGCUGA